AUGGCGCCAAUCCCAAUCACCAUCAUUACCGGGUUCCUCGGCUCCGGUAAAACCACCCUCAUCCUCAACCUCAUGCCACAGCUUCGCGCCAAGAACCCAGUCUACAAGCUAGCCCUCCUCAAGAACGAAUUCGGCGACGUCGCCGUCGAUUCGCAACUCGCCUCGUCCUCGGCCAUAUCGGGCGUACAAGAGAUGCUCAACGGGUGUAUAUGCUGCAACCUCGUGGGCCAGCUGGGUCCCGCGCUGGAAGAACUCGCGCGGACAGUUACGCCUGACCGCAUAGUCAUCGAGACCAGUGGCUCAGCGUUCCCCGCGACGCUGGCGCUGGAAGUGAACCGUCUGGCGAGGGAUACGGGGAGGUACGAACUGGACGGCGUGAUAAGCGUCAUCGAUGUAGAGAAUUGGCAGGGGUACGAAGAUACAAGCUACACGGCCAAGAUUCAGGCGCGGUACACAGACCUGAUUGUGUUUAACAAGUGGGAGGCGGCGGGGGAGGAUAGAUAUGAGGAGUGUGUGGACAGGGUGGGCGAUUUGGAGGUUGACGUGGCGAGGGUGAAGAGCGACAAGGGGUGGGUUGACGUGAAUCUCGUGUUUGGUGUGGAUGGCGGGCUGGCGAGGGAUUUGACCGACGAGGAGGUCGACGGAGUACAGCACAGCCAUGAGCACGGCGACGGCCACAAGCACGGCGGGACCAAUGGCCAUUCCCACAGCCACCAGAACGAAGUUGAAGUGCUGUCGAUUGAACUCGAGGCCCCCUCGGCAGCGAUAUCCACCUCCAAGCUCCAAACGCUCCUGCAGACCGCCCCAAAAGACGAGGUGUACCGCAUCAAGGCCAUCGCCACGCUCUCAUCGACCCCAAAGAACUCGGAUGCCGAUGUGCCCCCGCCCGAAGGCCGUCCUGGCGGCCGGUACAUUCUCAACUGGGCGUUUGGUCGAUGGACGUUUACGCCCAUGGGGGAAGGGCAGCAGGAGCACCAGUCCAGCAACGACGUGGCGUUGCGAAUGACAGUCAUUCUUGCACGGUACGAGAGCAACAGAUGGAAGAAGAAGUUGGAGGCUGGUGGAUAUCUGGAGGCCGAGGGCGUGAAUAAGGGCGAGCUGAGCGUCAAGCGGAUCUUGUAG